UAGAUCAGAGCUCAAACUAGUUUCGUUUCUCAGGAAGUGAAACUCAGACAGUUGUCACAGAGUUGAAAUGGCGCAGAAAGGAGUUCAGCUGGACCGCGAAACUUUCUCCUGUUGCAUCUGUCUGGAUCUACUGAAGGAUCCAGUGACUAUUCCCUGUGGACACAGCUACUGCAUGAACUGUAUCAAAAGCUACUGGGAUGAAAAGGAUAAAAAGGAAAUCCACCACUGCCCUCAGUGCAGGCAGGCCUUCUCACCGAGGCCUCUCCUGCUGAAAAGCACCAUGUUGGCAGCCUUAGUGGAGGAAAUGAAGAAAACUGGACUUCAAGCUGCUCCUACUGAUCACUGUGCUGUGCACUAUGCUGGACCUGACGAUGUGGCCUGCGAUGUCUGCACUGGGAGUAAACUGAAGGCCUUCAAGUCCUGUUUAGCCUGUCUGGCCUCUUUCUGUGAGCAGCACCUCCAGACUCAUUAUGAUUCAGCUCCGUUAAAGAAACACAAGUUGGUGGAGCCCUCUAAGAAGCUGCAGGAGAACAUCUGCUCUCACCAUGAUGAGGUAAUGAAGAUGUUCUGCCGUACUGAUCAGCAGUCAAUCUGUUAUCUCUGCUCUGUGGAUGGACAUAAAGGCCAUGACACAGUCUCUGUAGCAGCAGAAAGGACUAAGAAGCAGAGAGAACUCGAGGGGAGUCGACAAAACAUCCAGCAGAGAAUUCAGGACGGGGAGGAAAAUGUAAAGAAGCUUCAACAGGAAGUGGAGGCGAUCAAUCGCUCUGCUGAUAAAGCAGUGGACGACAGUGAGAAGAUGUUCACUGAGCUGAUUCGUCUCAUGGAGAAAAUAAUCUCUGAUGUGAAGCAGCAGGUCAGAUCCCAGCAGAAAAUCGAAGCGAGUCGAGUCAAAGAGCUUCAGGAGACGCUGGAGCAGGAGAUCACUGAGCUGAAGAGGAAAGACGCUGAGCUGGAGAAGCUCUCACACACAGAGGAUCACAACCAGUUUCUACAAAACUGCCCGUCACUGCCACAACUCGGUCAAUCUACACUCUCCUCAAGCAUCAAUACGCAACCUCUGCGCUACUUUGAGAAUGUGACAGCAGCCGUGUCACAAGUCAGAGACAAACUGCAGAAAGUUCUGAGUGACAAAUGGACAGUGGCUAUGUCAGAAGUCACACACAAACUACAGGAAGAUCAGCGUGAGAAAUUGACAGCGGCUGCAUCCAAAGUCAGACACAAUGUCUCACCUACAGGGAGAGCUGAAUUAUUAAAAUAUUCAUGUGAAAUCACACUGAAUCCAAACACAGCUGACAAAUGUCUAAUUUUAUCUGAGAGAAACAGAAAAGCAACAGUGGAGACACAACAGCAGUGUAAUUUUAAAGACCGAGACAGCUUCCUUGGAUGGUUUCAGGUCCUGAGUAAAGAGAGUCUGACUGGACGUUGUUACUGGGAGGUGGAGUGGAGCGGGGAGGGAGUUCACAUAGUGGUCGCAUACCAGAAUAUCAGCAAAACCAAGAGCUGGAGUGAUCGUAGGUAUGGACUUAAUGGCAAAUCUUGGGUGUUAUGUUGUCAGAAAAAAAAUUGUACCUUCUUGUACAACACUGUCCACACUCCUGUCUCAGGUCCUGUGUCCUCCAGAAUAGGAGUGUACCUGGAUCACAGCGCAGGUAUUCUGUCCUUCUACAGCAUCUCUGACACCCUGACUCUCCUCCACAGAGUCAAGACAUCAUUCACUGAGCCUCUCUAUGCUGGACUCCAGUUUCCUUAUUUUGGAGUCACUGCUGAGUUCUUAAACUCAAAUCGACAGAGCUCACUCAGUGGUCUUAGGUACCUCCAGAACCUUCUCAGAUGAACUCAUGUAACCCUGAUUGAUUCAAUCUGUGUUCCAAAUGUAUAAAACUAACAAUUUAAACUGUUACCAGACAACUAUUUCAACCAACCAAUACUUUAAGCUAAUUAUUUAACGGUUUCUCAAUUUCAUUAGGCAAAGUAUUUGAACUGUUAAGUCAGUAGGCUACUUUUAACAAACUCCUUCAGCUGCUUAUCCAAUAGUUUAAGCUCACUAUAUAACCUAUAUCUGCUGUGACUUUAGCUUUUAAAUUGUCUUCACUUCAGCUAAUGUUUCAGCUUCUUGUCUGAUAGUUAUAGCUGUAUCAACUGUUUAGUCAUUAAGGUAAGUGAUGCUAACCAUUUGAACUGUUUCAGUACUUUUAGCUAAGUAUUGUAACCAUUCAUUAGCUUUCUCAACUUUGAAUCCACUGGUCGACUUUUAGAUAACUAUAUUAAUCAUAUCUUUAUAACUUUAGGAUUAUUAUUUUAAUUGUUUAGUCAGGGUUUUUAGCUCAGUAUUUCAACUGUUUAUCUAUUACUUUAAGCUUAUUAGUUGAACUGUUUAUUAGUCAUUGCUUUUAGCUACUUGUUUACACUUUUGCAAUCUUGAUAAGUAGGUUUUCUCAGACUCUUACAUAACUGCAACAUGUUUUUGUGGAUAUGUGUAUAUAUUUUUUUAAUCAAAUUAAUUUGUACUUUUUUAAUUGAGUGGAGCCACUCUACAAUCGUUCCAUGUACCCCCUAGCAAGAGCAGAACAACAAAAGAACCCACUGGGUUGCAAAUACCAUAACCAAACUUUUUUUGCUGUGACAAAUUUUUUACUGAACAGAUAUCACCUGUCAGUCAAGCAUUACGGGUGUUUUGACAUCUCCUCAUUAGUUGUUCUGUAAAUGUUUGAGUUUCUGUGUCUGUUAAGCCACAGAGAAUAUCCUUGCUCACAAUGAUGUUUGUUUACCUGAACUGAAAAAUUCCUCUGUAUGAAAAUGGACACUUCUGUGCUCUAAAUGAUUAUUAAAUGCUUAUAUACAUGUA